AUGGUGUUAAACCUAGUUUUAAAAUCAACGAGUCCAGUAAUUAUAAACUGUACAAAUUCGCUUCACAAAAACUUUGGUUCAGUACAUGAAUUUGGAAAGUACCAGAAAAGAACCCAGAAGCUUAACGAAGAACUUUCCGUCAAGAUUGGUUGCUCUUCAACGUCAGCUCAGGAAGAUAGUGAUUCGACAUAUAUCACUGGGGAACAGGAGGAGGAAGCAGACUUCGUAUAUAAAAAAAUCUAUAAUGAUGUCGUGAAGCUCUAUCAAAGAUAUAAAGCCAGUGAUAACCUAACUCCUGAAGAAAGAAAGCGCAUGUGUGCUGGUCUGUCUGGAGUAAUUGAUAUCAGUGAUAAUUCAUACCAUGGCCGGCAAUAUCUGUUUAGCGUUAGUCAAUGGAAGAAUAUAAGCAAAUGUUACGCCCAGUUCCAACAGUCAUUUUUUCAAGCAGAACUCGACUCCGAUCUUGAUUCAGUGUUUAUCGUAUGGGACAAUAUUUACAAGACGCUGACCAUGGAUCAUAAUAUCUUUCAUGCCCGGAAGAAGUUUGAUCGUCUGUCCAGUGAAAACGAUGUUGAUGAAUAUACGUUUAAACAGCUCCGAAUCAUUGGCUAUAUUCUUGACACCUUUGACAGCAAGCAAUAUAUUCUGAAUCCCAAUAAGCCGCUAAAAUCAACUGAACGCGACGACGAAUCAGUACGUGGGGUUCUCUCUUCAGAUCGAUGA